AUGUUUAUCAGCCGUGAGACGAUGAGUGUCAUGAAUGAGAUGAGACUCAUCUAUAAAGCAGCUGUCGAUGCUGUGAGGCCUGGCUUCCUUGUAAACCAAGCAAUCAAGUAUUUAGACAAUUUAGUUCACAUUCAAGGAGAACUAGAGCUUGCAAUUGACAGGAAUUGCCAUGUUAUAGGAUUUGGAAAGGCUGUUUUGGCAAUGGCUCUGCAAAUAGACAAGAUUAUUGGUCAGCAUACCACAAAAGGAGUCAUAUCCAUACCUCACGGAGUGAUGGCACAGUAUAGCUUGUCUGAUCAGUUCUUGAAACGGUACACAAUCUAUGAAGGUGCUGAAAACAACAUUCCUGAUGAAGAUUCUUCAAAAGCUACUAAGGAAAUAGAAAACAUGGUUGCAAACUUGAAGAAUAAUGAUUUGUUGUUUGUAUUGGUAUCAGGAGGAGGUUCUGCAUUGUUGGUAUCCCCAGCUGAGGGCCUCUCUUUAGACGAGAAACAAAAAACGAUCCAGCUACUGUCCAAAUCAGGCGCUCAUAUUCAAGAACUUAAUUCGGUGAGAAAGAAACUGUCCCGAAUCAAAGGUGGCAAGCUAGCGCAGCUUUCGUACCCUGCUACGACGGUUGCCUUAAUUCUGUCCGAUGUUAUUGGUGAUCCACUUGAUGUCAUCGCCAGUGGGCCCACGGUGAAAAACAAGGAUCCUACGAAUAUAGGCCUCGAUAUUAUACAAAAAUAUCAGCUUGGCAAUCAGCUACCCGCCCGAAUCGUAGAAUGCCUUUCGUCCCCGACUGCAAGCAAUCUGGACGAGGCAGCAUUUUCCCAUGUACAUAAUUUUCUAAUUGGAAGCAACCUAAGUGCACUACAAGCAGCCGAAGCUUACGCUAAGCAGACUGGUUUCGCCACAGCUAUUUUAAGCGAUCGCAUUAAUGGAGAAGCUAAGGAAAUUGGCCUGCAGUUUGCUCGAUUAGCUCGCCUUUUCUCCCAGAUGAUGACCAUCUCAAAUGAUCAGCACGAACAAAUGGAAGAAUUGUCCGUAGCUGCCGAAAAUUUACACAUAAACCCGCGUUAUUGUUGCACAUUGGAGCGGCUUGUACGCAGGUGCCGCAACGCACGACAGAACUUGUGUUUGAUUGGAGGAGGAGAGACCACGGUGUCAGUUCGCGGCGGAGGCCUUGGAGGUCGUAAUCAAGAAAUGGUCCUGAGUUAUUUGGUAGAGAAUGCUGUUGAGGCAUGCUCAGACGAUUUGGAUAUUGUAUUCCUUAGCGCUGGAACAGAUGGAAUUGACGGACCAACUACGGCAGCUGGGGCUUUUGCCUGCCAGGGCCAAUUUGCUCAAGCUCAGGCACAAGGGCUUGACCCUCUUACGUACCUGGAUAACAACGAUUCUUACAAUUUCUUCCAUCUACUUCAACAAGGUAAAUACCAUUUGAUUACUGGCCCAAGUGGUACCAACGUUAUGGACAUUCACAUUCUCUGCUUUUAUUGGAAAUAAUGCAAUGUAUAUCGUUCAGUAACAAGUCAGCCAACAAUCGUUUUCAACAGAGAGCCAAACUCAGUGUAGAACUGGCGUUUGCACGUAAAUUUGAUAAACCUGUCCUAGUAGGCUGUAGAAUAAUUCUUAAGUAAGAAUUUUAAGGAAAGUGGUUUCACAAAACAACUUUCAUUGAAAGUCUGUUAUCAAUUUAUGUGGUGAAGCUUUCUUGCCAAAUAACACAACUGUCACAUUUUCCCUCCAGUCCCAGCUGGCCUAAUUUAAAAGCUUUACAUGCGGCCUUGUGUUGCUGAGUAUUUCCUAGUUUUUUAACUGCUCUGGUCGAUUACGUUAAAGUUACUAAAGUUAAAUUUUGUUUUA